AUCCUGAGAAGAUUUUGACUACAUACAAGUACCCCUACUCAAGGCAUUUGACUGUUGAUAAACUUAACAACAGCUCUAAAUUUUUGAUAGGGAAAAAAAGAGUUUUGUUCCACAGUCAUCAGGUCACUAGUUUACUAACUUCCAGUCACCUUAGUUGCUGAGAUGAAGACUGUGCAUUCCACACUUUUCCUGCUACUGUUGGUGCCUCUGACGCAGCCAGCACCUCAAACUCAACUCGACUUGCACACUGAGUAUGGAACAGAUAAUUCUGAAGAAACUACAGUUAACCACCAGGACUAUGAUGAUAAACACCUGGAUGGAAAAUAUAUUAAGGAAAAUGAAACUUUGAUAAUUCCUGAUGAGAAAAAUCUUCAGUUACAAAAUGAUGAGGUUAUACCGUCAUUACCAACCAAUAAAGAAAAUGAUGAAAUGCCCACAUGCCUGUUGUGUGUCUGUUUAAGUGGCUCCGUAUACUGUGAAGAAGUUGACAUUGACUCUGUGCCACCACUGCCAAAGGAAUCAGCUUAUCUUUAUGCACGAUUCAACAAAAUUAAAAAGCUGACUGCCAAAGAUUUUGCAGACAUGCCUAAUUUAAGAAGACUUGACUUUACAGGAAAUUUGAUAGAAGACAUAGAAGAUAGUACUUUUUCAAAACUUUCUCUGUUAGAAGAACUUACACUUGCUGAAAACCAACUACUAAGACUUCCAGUUCUUCCCCCAAAACUUACUUUACUUAAUGCCAAACACAACAAAAUCAAGAGUAAAGGAAUUAAAGCAAACACAUUCAAAAAACUGAAUAAACUCUCUUUCCUCUAUUUGGACCAUAAUGAUCUGGAAUCUGUGCCUCCUAAUUUACCAGAAAGUCUACGUGUAAUUCACCUUCAGUUCAACAGCAUAUCUUCGAUUACAGAUGAUACAUUCUGUAAGGCUAAUGACACUCGCUAUAUUCGAGACCGUAUUGAAGAGAUUCGCUUGGAGGGCAAUCCAAUUGCUCUGGGAAAGCAUCCAAACAGUUUUAUCUGCUUAAAAAGAUUACCUAUAGGGUCAUACUUUUAACCACCAUCAAUGCAGUUUAUAAUCUAAAGUACAUGUACCUAAUGUCUAAAGAAGCAUAAACAUUAGUUUAAUAUUAUCAUUUCAUCUCACUAUGAUGGAAUUUUAUGUUUAAACAAAGAUGUCCAAAAUUCUUAUAUGUAACUACAAAAAUAAUCCAGCCCAAAUCUCUUAGUACAAAACAAAAUAUUGUGAAAGUAAACAUCAUUAAAAACUCCUGGUAGUUUACACUAGACUGCCAUCUAAACAGCACGCUUUUAUAUAAACACUAGCAUGAGAUACGCCAUUUCCAUAACUAAUGAAGUAAGAGAAUUCCAAAAAACUUUCAACUGUUUGUCUUUCUUAACAUUUACUGUAUCUCAAAAGCUUUUAAGGCAGAUGUUCCAAAACACUGAAAAGCCAAGUUUUCCCAGUGACCUUCCGCUGACUGUUAGGUCUCAUCAGCAUUCUCCAUAAAGCAGAAACUUACUUUCUGUCAAGGCAGCUAUUUUACUGUGUUUCUCACUUAGCCUACGGAAAAGGGUAGCCACAUAUGUAUGAGAAAAUUUCCAAAUAAAGUAGAUUUUUAUUCUUUGUUAUAGAACCAAUUUAGAAAAGUUCAGUUUUCUGCUUUGUGGUCACAUAUAUAGUCUUUAUUCAAUUACUUUAAAAAAAAAACUUUGUAAAAAAAAAUCAAAAUCCUACCCAUUUCUCAGAGAAUAAUAAGGUUCAUUCACUCUCAAGAUUCUCAAAUAUGAAAUAACUGUAAGCUUUUUCACAGUAUAGGAAUUAUUUCAUCGAUAAAUUUGUUCAAAUAUAAGAAAUGAAAACAAAAUUUAUUCUGUUGUGCUGUGUGCAGCUUCACCUGUGCAAGUUCACAAACUGGAUAUUCCCAACACAGCUGUGAGCACCAUUUCUCAACCGCCAUGAUUUCCAGACACACAUAAUAGUGAAAACCUAAUCUUCAGUCUACUAGUAAUAACAAUGCAGAUUAAAGUUCCAAAAUUAACCUUCACAGGAAGGUACACAGCUCAAUCACAAAUAUUAGUCUACAUAUUACUUUGAAGUUGAACACAAAAUAACAGUGUUUUAGACAUAUUGACCUUUUACAUCUAUAAAAGUACUAAUAUAAUUUCCACUCUAAAGCAAACAUUAGACUUUACAUGUUCUUCCUAGAACACUCAUUUUAAGCACUUGUUGUUGUGGCCUAACCCAGACCGACUCCUCUUUCAUCAUUAAGGCUGAUCCAGACAAAACUUUUCAUUACAGCAUCUGUAAGAUCACAACUAUUGCUCUGUAUUUACUAUUUUUUUUUUUUUGAGGCAGGGUUGCUCUGUGUAGCCCUGGCUGUCCUGAACUUGCCUUGCAGACCAGGUGGGCCUUGAAUUCACAGAGAUCCUCCUGCCUCUGCCUCCUGAGUGCUGAGAUUUCAGGCUUGCAUCACCACACCCAGCCCUAGUUCCUUCAUUUUUAUAAGCUAAUUACAGUAACUUUAUCCCACUGUAUCAUUUUCUGUGUCUAAAUGCUCACCAAGAGCACUGAACACAGUUCUACUUUUACACUUUUAUGGUACCUAAUAGUACAUACAAGUGAGAUCUGCAAUAAACUUUGUAAAAUCUAUCCAAAUAUAAGGGUUCUGUUUAUAUGAAAAAUAAAAUUUGUAUAACCUUAAAUAAGCCAAUGGAAAUAAAGUGACAAGACUGAGACUGAACAAUGUUCAGGUGUGUCUAUUAAUUUUCUGGCUUUCACAUGAAAAACGUACUCAUCUAAACAUGGAUACAAAGAUACAUGGUUAGUUUGGUAUGGGGGGGGGGGUUGGGUGUUGUUCUGGAGACUGAACACAGUGCCUUUUACAUGUUUCACAAGACCACAGAGCUAUAUCCCCAGCAUUCUAUAUUCUCUGUUUAAUAGAAUUUAAUGAGAAAAUAACAUUAGAUAAUUAUAAGGUAAAAUUUCAAAGUGAAAGCCCAUGGCUUACAUAAAUUAAUAAUUGAGAGAAAAAAAACAUUGGUAAAAAUUGUAAAUUGUAGAAAUUACUUAAAUAACUUGGGAUUCCUAGGUAUGAUACUUUGAACAUAGGUAGUUUACAUCUUUGUCACACACACUUAUAUUAAAAAAUAAGAUCCAGAAUGAACCAAAGAAAACAAAGUAAAAUUAUUAUUGACUCUAAAAUUGACUCUAUUAUACAGGUGUUUUAUUCUUGACAAUUACAACUAAAGAGAUCCAGGUUUGGUUCUAGCACCAAAAACUUCAGUACCAAGGACUCCAAUACUCUCCUCCUUCUGUCCUCCACUGACAAUGCACUCAUGUGGUAUACUUACAAAGUGCAGCAAUACAUUAAUACACGUAAGAUAAAAAUGAAAUAUCUUAAAAAUUAUUUACACCUUACAAACACUACAAAAAAAUACAUAAACAAACAAGCCUCAGAAAGAACUAAAAGACGCAGUGUUUGCAAUGGCCAACACCCUUAGAAUCUGGAGAAGUGGACUGUGAGCAAGGUUAGGAUAAGAUGUUUUUGUUGGUGGCUCUGAUGUAAAAAAUCUUAGGGACUUUUUGGGGGUUGGAAACAAGAACAAUGGGCAGACCAAUUAGCACUAACUGACAUGACUCACUAAAGUUGGACUGGUGAUCAAGGUGAUGAUUAUUCUCUUGUACCCAUUUUUGCCUCACCUUCCUGAUAUGAUUUCAUAAAAAACAACUUUUAAUGAGUAGAUGUGCAGCCUAAGAAUAUAAAACAGAAAUGGAUGAUUUUUUAUAAAAAAGUUUAGAUUUGUGAUUCUUUUAAGAUUUUUAGAAGAUUACUUUUUAAGAUAAUUGAUGCUUUCUUUGUAACCACAAAUUGCAGCCUACUAGUAAAGAGAAACUGGCUGAGAAAAUUACCUUUCUUUCUUACACUUUGUUAAUCUAUAACUUGCUUAGGUAUGAAUGUAUGUGGGUUCUUGGGAAUAAUUUGUUUUCUUCACCUGUAAUACAUAAAAUGUUUUUCAUGUAAAAGUUUUUUCAUGAUCACUCACUAAAAGAAAAAAAGACUGUCAUCACAUUGUAAUUUUUAUACUACUUGAAAGAUUUUGCUGUGGGUAAAAAAAUAAAGUUCUUGGAGCUUC